GUCAGCGCUCCCCGGGCUUCAGGCUCGCCAGUCCUGACGUCUCGCUGGUCUGGCCUGUCUCCGUGCGAGCUCCAUCUAGGUGUUGGGGGACCCUAAGGAUGUCUGAUGAAUGAAAUGACCCAAUGGAACUUUGAAGACUGAUUCAACAGGAAGAAGGGAGUCCUGGGAUCUUCAAUGGCAGGAGAAAGAGCAACCAGAAGACCGAGAUGAAUUUUAACACUAUCCUAGAAGAGAUUCUUAUUAAGAGAUCCCAGCAGAAAAAGAAGACAUCACCAUUAAACUACAAAGAGAGACUUUUUGUGCUCACCAAAUCUGUGUUAACCUACUAUGAGGGUCGAGCGGAGAAAAAAUACAGAAAGGGAUUCAUCGAUAUUUCGAAAAUCAAGUGUGUGGAAAUAGUGAAGAAUGAUGAUGGUGUCAUUCCCUGUCAAAAUAAGUAUCCAUUCCAGGUUGUUCAUGAUGCUAACACACUUUAUAUUUUUGCACCUAGUCCACAAAGCAGGGACCGAUGGGUGAAGAAGUUAAAAGAAGAAAUAAAGAACAACAAUAAUAUUAUGAUUAAGUAUCAUCCUAAAUUUUGGACAGACGGAAGUUACCAGUGUUGUAGACAAACAGAAAAACUAGCCCCCGGAUGUGAAAAAUACAAUCUUUUUGAGAGUAGUAUAAGAAAAGCACUGCCCCCAGCACCAGAAACAAAGAAGAGAAGGCCUCCUCCACCAAUUCCCCCAGAAGAAGAAAAUACUGAAGAAAUAGUUGUAGCCAUGUAUGACUUCCAAGCAACAGAAGCACAUGACCUCAGGUUAGAGAGAGGCCAAGAGUAUAUCAUACUGGAGAAGAAUGACAUCCAUUGGUGGAGAGCAAGGGAUAAGUAUGGUUUGACAUUUCCCCCAAGGAACUCUGCCUCUGUUCAGUCAGAAGCAGUGUUUUACAGGAGUGAAGGAUAUAUCCCAAGUAAUUAUGUCACAGGAAAGAAAUCAAACAACUUAGAUCAAUAUGAAUGGUAUUGCAGAAAUACCAACAGAAGCAAAGCCGAGCAGCUCCUCAGAACGGAAGAUAAAGAAGGUGGUUUUAUGGUGAGAGACUCCAGUCAACCCGGCUUGUACACAGUCUCCCUUUACACAAAGUUUGGGGGAGAAGGUUCAUCAGGUUUCAGGCAUUAUCACAUAAAGGAAACAGCAACAUCUCCGAAGAAGUACUAUCUGUCGGAAAAGCAUGCUUUCGGGUCAAUUCCUGAGAUCAUUGAGUACCACAAGCACAAUGCAGCAGGACUUGUCACCAGGCUGCGGUACCCGGUCAGUACGAAGGGGAAGAAAGCACCGACUACUGCAGGCUUCAGCUAUGAGAAGUGGGAGAUCAACCCCUCAGAGCUGACCUUUAUGAGGGAGCUGGGGAGUGGACUGUUUGGAGUGGUGAGGCUGGGCAAGUGGCGAGCCCAGUACAAAGUAGCCAUCAAAGCUAUUCGGGAAGGUGCCAUGUGUGAGGAGGAUUUUAUAGAGGAAGCAAAAGUCAUGAUGAAGCUAACACACCCCAAGCUGGUCCAACUCUAUGGCGUGUGCACCCAGCAGAAACCCAUCUACAUCGUUACCGAGUUCAUGGAACGGGGCUGCCUUCUGAAUUUCCUCCGACAGAGACAAGGCCAUUUCAGUAGAGAUGUGCUGCUGAGCAUGUGUCAGGAUGUAUGUGAAGGGAUGGAGUACCUGGAGAGAAACAGCUUCAUCCACAGAGACCUGACAAAGGAAAGGAGUGGAAUUGGAUAAAACAAUCAGCAGCAGUCAGGGAAGUGGUGGGGGGAGGAUUUGAACCCAGAGAGUUUGCCACUAGGAUCAGUACUCUAACUGCUAUGUUAUCCUCUGGAUUUAAAGCAUAGUAACAAACUGAGGAUUUGGCAAUGGAAGACUUGAUCUCCUAGGUGUGUUAUGGGCUAGCACCUUAUUCAUUCUGUAAACUGGAUUUGCAGUUUACACAUCAUUGUUUUGCUUACUACGCUAUUUUAAAGUUCAUGGCCUAUAAUUGAGGCAAAGGGCUUUGUAAAGCAGACAUGAUAUAUAUCACUAGUUUUGAUGUGUAACUGUGACAAAGACUAAUUGUCAUACUGAAACUCACGAAUUAAGCAUUGUCCUUGUUUUUGUUCUUCCAAAACAGUUGAACAUCUUCACGACUCUUGCACUUGCAUGCAUAGAAUUUAUUUCCUUGAAAGUGAAUUUUGAUGUUUUUUGGGGCCUGUGAUACUGAUAAUAAACUCUGGCAGGUUUUUCCCACACUUUAAAGGAAGAGUCUGAUUGCCUGUUCCCUGGUAAAGUAAUGUCAUGGGCUUUUGAGUGACAGUACUGUGGCUGUCCUUAUGGGAGGGUGCAGGUAAUUCAGGACAUGGGCAUUAACUCUCACUUGAGAAGAGGCUCUCAAAUGUGCUCAGAAGAAGGAAGGUCGUGUAAGGGGAGUUGCCCCACACAAAAAAAAAUAAGCAUCUCAAGAGUCAAAGAGAAAACUACACCUCGUCCCGUGGGUUGUGGUGUUAAAAAUAUCAUUAUCUUGCUUCUGAGAAGUACUGUGUCAUUGUACCAAAUUAUUUUAUUGAAUCACAUAACUUUGAAAACUAGAUCAAAAAACAAAAACUACGUGUUUGUGUUUUACCAACUGAGUAUAUUAUGUCUUAAUAUAUUAGAAACCUGGUACAUGAUAAAGCCAAUCCUGUUACACACAGCCUUUCUUUUGACAGUUGAGGGGAACACUCACAGAUUACUUGUCACUUUGGUGACUGUGUUUCUACUGUCACCUAGAGAGAAUUCAUCUUUAAUCUAGAUUACAGACUUCAAGAGGUAUAGUCAUUGUCCGUGAGAAAAAUCACACAGUCUACUAAGAAUAUGCCUGGUCAGGGAAGAAGGUUGGAAUGUCCAUCAGGCCUCUUUAAGUGUGAUGUUGAAGAUAUGUUGUAAUACCUUGUGGCAUUUCUAAUCUUUAUUUCUCCAGGUUAUUUCAGAUUCAUGUUGGAGGUACCUUCUAUUGGGAUGUAAACAAUUUAUAUGGACACAUUUAUGUAGUUGGUUUGUUUUUUGGUUUUGUUUUGUUUUGUUUUUUUACUCUAUGAGGGUCCACCACCCAGCUCUGUAAUAAAUGCACAGAGACUGAUUCUUACUUAUGAAUGCCCGACCUUAGCUUAGCUUGUUUCUAGCCAGCUUUCCUAACUUAAAUUAACCCAUUUCUCUUUAACUACAUUUGCCUCUGGGCUUUUACCUUUCUUUAUUCUAUAUGUCUUUUUUCCCUUCUUACUCCACGCCUGGCUAUGUGGCUGGGUGGCUGGGUGGCUGGGUGGCUGGGUGGCUGGGUGGCUGGGUGGCUGGCCUCUGGCAUCCUUCUCCUCCUUUUCUUGCUUUUCUCUCUCUUUCCUAGAUUUCUCCCCCUAUUUACUCUCUCUGCCUGGCAGCCCCACCUGUUUUUCUCUCUCUCUCUCUCUCUCUCUCUCUCUCUCUCUCUCUCUCUCUCUCGUCUAGCUAUUGGCCAUUCAGCUCUUUAAUAGCCCAUCAAGUGUUGUAGACACACACAGUAAUACAGCUUUACAGAGUUAAACAAAUGCAGCAUAAAAGAAUGCAGCACGUCUUUGGGUCAUUAAACAAAUAUUCCACAGCAUAAGCAAAUGUAACACAUCUUAAACUAAUAUUCCACAACACAUUUACUCUUUUCUGUUGUUGACUUUGUUAUAUUUACUAGAAAUCGGACUUCUGUUUUUUCCUUUAUUGCAGGACUUUCUAAUAAAUGUAACAUCAUAAUGUUGUU